AGCCGGAGCCGGGAGCAGACACUCGGAGAGCGGCGUAGGGCGAGGGCCGGGGCCGGGGCCGGGGCCGGGGCCGGCAAUGCGGCGCCGCCGAGCCGCCGUGGCCGUGGGUCUCUGCGCCUCCUUCCUCCUCGGCUCCCUGCUCAACGCGCUCCUGGCCCCCGGCCCGGACCCGCCCCCGCCCCCGGCCCCGGCCCAGGCCGCGGCCCUGACCUCGGGACCCCCGGGGGCGGCGGCGGCGGCCAUCGGGGAGCUGGAGGAGCAGAUUCGGGCCCGCUAUGAGGAGGUGCAGCGCUACUCCCGGGGCCCUGGGGCCGGACGCCCGGAGAGGCGCCUCAUGGACCUGGCGCCCCCCGCCCCGCCCGCGCCCCCCGCGCCCCCCGCGCCCCCCGCGCCCCCCGCCCCGCGCCUGGGCUGCGCCGCGCUGCGCAACGUGUCCGGGGCGCGGUUCCUGGGCUCGGGCUACACCAAGGCCGUUUACCGCGCCCGCCUGCCCGGAGGCGCCGCCGUGGCCCUCAAGACGGUGGACUCCGGCGGCCACGACGUGGGCAGCUGCGUGCGACAGUUCGGGGCGCGGAGGGACUGCUACCGCCUGGCGGCCCACAAGCUGGUCAAGGAGAUGGUCCUGCUGGAACGCCUGGCGCAUCCCAACGUGUUGCAGCUCUAUGGCUACUGCUACCAGGACAGCGAAGAUGCCCCUAGCGCGCUGACGGCCAUCACGGAGCUGGGUGCCCCGGUGGAGAUGAUCCAGCUGCUUCAGGCCUCAUGGGAAGACCGUUUCCGGAUCUGCCUCAGCCUAGUCCGCCUCUUGCACCACCUGGCCCAUUCUCCCCUCGGCUCCGUGACCCUGCUGGAUUUCCGGCCACGGCAGUUUGUGCUGGUGGCUGGGGAGCUGAAGGUGACCGACUUGGACGAUGCCAGCGUGGGGGAGGCACCGUGCAACAGCCACCAACAUUGCCGGAUGGAGUUUCCUGCCAGGAACUUUUCCCUGUCCUGCGUGCGGGGCCGCUGCCUUGGCAUGAACGAGAAGAGGAAUCUCUAUAAUGCCUACAGGUUCUUUUUCACCUACCUGCUGCCUCACAGCGCCCCUCCGAGCCUGCGGCCCCUCCUGGAUGAGAUCGUCAAUGCCACAGGUGAACUUCUCUGGGGGGUUGACGAGACAUGGAGGCAGCUGGAACACGUGCUGCAGCUGUACCAGAGCGGCGCUUACCUCCAGAACACGACCGCGGCCCCCAGUGCUGAGUACCGGAGGCUGCCGGAAACCGCGAUCCCCGCAGAUGACUACAGGUGCUGGCCCUCCCACCGGCACGGGGGCUGUGUCCUGUCUGUGUUCAGUGUCCGAGAGGCCGUGGCUGUGUGUGAGAGCCACACCCAGUGUAGGGCCUUUGUCAUGACCAACCGCACCACCUGGACAGGUCGCCAGCUAGUCUUCUUCAAAGCAGGUUGGACCCAGGUCAUUCCCGACCCCAACGGGGUCACUUACGUGAGGGCUUCGGGCUGAGUGCCCGGGGCUGGGCCAGCCAGCGGGGAGCAGAGAGCCAUACCGCCCCCCGCCCCCUCGACCCAGAGAGGGCCGGCCGCCCCAUGCCCCACUACGCCCCACGCCGGGCUGCAUGUGCAAUAUGGAACUGGGAGAAAUGGGAUUCACGGCUUUGCUCAUUUUUCUUGGCCAGGAGAUGGACAGAGAGGCAGACAGCUGACUGGGAUGUGAGGACUUUGCUGGCCAGAGCCAGUCCAGCUGCCGGGAUGUGAGGACCUCACUGGCCAGAGCCCAUCUGGCCUCUGGGAUGUAAGCCCCUUGGCUGGAUCAAGUCCUGCCACUGUGAUUUGGGGAUUACACUGGCCGGAGACCGUCUCCUCACUGCCUCUGGGAUGUGAGAUCCCCAGCGACCAGACCCUGUCAUCUCACAGCUGCGCCGCUCAGAGUCACCUCACCCCAAGAGGUCCCCGGAUGUAGAAGAGAUGGUUCGGGAGGUUCCUGGUGCUAGUGUCGGUCAUCAGGUGCUUGGCCUGGGCCCGCCCCCAUGGGCAGAGCCGAAGUUCACCAGCUCAGCCGGCCCCAACCCUGGCUGUGACGGGGGGAGGAGUGGGAUGAUAUCCCCAGUGGGGGCCUGCUGACCCACCCGCGGCCGGCCAAGACCCAGAACUCGUUGGGUGGCCAGCUGCACCGUGGGGACUGUGGCCACCGAGGGAGCCGCAGGGUCACUGUGGGUGCGGAGCCUGGCUGCGGACAGACACACGGCCAAGCUGAGCUGGGGCCAUUUGCUUUCAGUGAAAGCAGCCACAGUGCUCCUUGAGUCCACGCGUGCAGGCGGUCUAACUUUGGUGCCUCGGACGCAUUUAUUUUUGUAACAAAAUCGAAUAAAACCAGAUGAAGGACCUCCAGGACCGCA